AUGAAGCCCUUUAUUCUUCACCCUGUCGUUUUCAGCACCUUGGUGUAUGCUACAUCGAAACUCGUUUCGACAGGGUUGACUGUUCAACUGAACGAUGUCUCGUACUACGUAUCAUCUCACGCACAUGGGAAUGUCUCAAUCCAACCACAGCUGCUGCAGAAUACUAGUUCUCUAUAUGGCUUCGUACCUGUCGCGGUUUUGACCAGUAACGUGAUGCCUAUGGAACUCCCUGGCAUGUUGAGUUCCUGGGCGACCUUGGACGAUGUCUUUCAGCCUGCUUUUCUGCAGGCUAUUAUCCUGACUGAUACCACUUGGACCUCUGAACAACAAGAUGAAUUCAAACACACAAAUCUCAGCCAAUCGAUUAUCCUAGAAGGCUCGAAAACCUCCAACCUCCCCAAGGGACCGUACCUUCUGGCCAUAGCGACGGGAAAUCUACAUCCGGUCUAUCGCUUGUAUAACGACUUUGCCGGGGCUUUCAAUGAAGCUCUUCUGUCGAACCCCGAUGGGACAUUCCAGACCCUGUCGGCAAAAAUCCCGGGCUCGGCCACGUUGACGAUCGGCGUGCCAUCCAGACUGUACUACGAGACCUCAAAGUCCAAACCCCUGGCUGGUGUCCGGGUCGCGGUGAAGGACAUCUUCUCGCUUGCAGGCGUCAAGAGAUCGAACGGCAAUAGGGCAUGGUACCAUCUGUACCCUCCCAGUACCACCACAGGUACUGCCAUCUCCCGACUCAUGGAGGCAGGUGCCAUUAUUGUGGGCACCCAAAGAGUGUCUCAGUUCGCAACGAGCGAGGUCGCUACAGUGGACUGGGUUGAUUACCACUCUCCUUUCAACCCGCGUGGAGACGGCUAUCAAGAUGCAUCCUCAUCCAGCUCUGGCGCUGGUGCUUCGGUAGCAUCAUACGAAUGGCUUGAUGCCGCCGUCGGUACCGACACAGGCGGCAGCCUACGAAGCCCUGCUGGCGUGAAUGGUCUCUUCGGCAAUAGGCCCUCGCAUGGUGCAGUCAGCCUGGACCAUACCAUGCCUCUGUCUGAGCACCUCGACACUGCUGGCUUUGUGGUGCGCGACCCGAUACUUUGGGACAAACUCCAGCAGUCGAUGUACGGCAAAAACUACACUUCGCUCGUCAAAGCGGAGCCGAGGUAUCCAAGUACCAUUCAGACCAUGUCGUACCCGGACUCAAGCUCCGAAGCCGGGCGGCUUCUGAACAACUUUGCCUCGGCUCUGGCGAAUCAUAUCAAUGGCACAAUUCAACCUCUGAAUCUGAGUGAGCUCUGGGACCACCAGCAGGUCUCAAACACGAACACAAGCUUACCGCUGACUCUCAACAUCACCUACCCCGUGCUGACUGGCCGAGGCCAAGAGACUACAGUAUCUGGACCCUUCUAUGCGGAUUAUACAGCAUUGCAUGGUGGUCGUCAACCGUUCAUCGACCCAGCUCCACUCGCGCGUUGGCAGUGGGCGGCAAAUUACUCAACAGAAGAGGCGAUACACAACAAGACGCUGUUCAUGAACUGGUUUAACACUGAAGUGCUUCCUCCCGCCAGCGACCCGUCCCAGUGCUCAUCUAGUCUACUGCUGUAUCCUGGCAAGCUUGGCACGCAGACGCCCCGAAAUCAGUACGGGACCGCGCCUCCGCAACCGUACGUUGGGUUCUCCGCGGCGCGCGUGUCCGUCUUCUCGGAAUGUCCGGAUUUCGUCUUUCCAAUCGGCGAGGUACCAAGCUUUAGCGAGAUCACAAACCACGUGGAGUAUUUCCCAGUUGCUGUGGGCGUCAUGGCGGCGAAAGGUUGUGAUGGACUUCUGUCUCGGCUGGCUAUUGAUCUCGUUGAAGCAAAUAUCCUGAAAGUGCCACAGGUGGGCGGUCGCUUGACGGGAGGUCCGAUUUUAUACUGA